CAACUUGGGAAAACUUGGAUCGUUCAUCUAAAUCAGUGGUAACCGACCCUGUUCCUGGAUACCUACCGUCCUGUAGGUUUUCAUUUCAACACUAAUUUGCCACACCUGACUCUACUAAUUAGGAGCCCAACAAGAUCCCUUAGUUGUUGAAUGAGAUGCGCUUUACUAGGGUUGGAAUGAAAACCUACAGGACGGUAGAUCUCUAGGAACAGGGUUAGUUUUCUCUGCUGUAAAUGUAGCCUAUAACGUGAGGACUCUCUGGGGGCUCCAGUGGGUCGGCGAAAAGGAUGCUACACGGUUAAAGUUCUUUUCCGCUUUUCUUCUCGUCAGAGUCUAGGCUACGCUAGCAGACCGUAUCCAGGGAACUUGCUCUAUAGACGUGUGUCCAGAAGGCAGGACAAUGUCGCCCACCGAGAUUAUGCUUCGGCUGGCUGUGAUCUGUGAGGUUCUUCUUGAAACGACCGCUUCUAAGGAUUCAGACAUGAGCCAGACCAUAGAGGCUAAUUUGGCUCAAGGACACGCGACUUUAAACGACAUGUUCAGAGAAGUUGAGAAGUUGAUGGAAGACACGCAGCAUAAAUUGGAGGAGGCGGUGCACAAGAUGGACAAUGAAAGCGCCAGACUGGGCUUUUAUGGCCAUGACCUGCCUUUGAGUUAUCACGACGGAAGGAUACAUGUGAAGAAAGCGGGAAACCAAUCCGUCUACACCAUAGAGCAAACUGAUAAGGAAACGGACAAUAGAACUGGAGCGACUCACUUUUCCAGGACCGUGAUCCAAUCCAGUGGCAGAGGGAAUGAGAUUGAUUAUAGAUGCAUCGUCGAUGAGGACUGCGAGAAGGGCAGCUACUGCCUGUACGAGAGGCUGCAGUCCAGGUGCCUGCCCUGCAAGGCUCCCCGCACGAAUUGCACAAAGGAUGAGGAGUGCUGCGCGGGACAGCUGUGUGUGUGGGGUCGCUGCUCUAAGAAGAGUGCCAAGGGUGCGGCAGGCAGUAUCUGUCAACACCAGAGCGACUGCAGCAAUGCACUCUGCUGCGCCUUCCACAGAGACCUGCUGUUUCCAGUGUGCACCCGCAAGCCGAGAGCACGUGAGCGCUGCCACAGCCAACCCAACCACCUGAUGGAGCUGCUGUCCUGGGACAUGGAGGGGGAGGGGCCUCGGGAGCACUGCCCCUGUGCCAGGGGGCUCCAGUGCCAGCCUCACAGACAAGGGUCCCGGUGUCUGCGGCACUCUUCCAGUGACGAUGUGACUCGAGAUCCUCUGGACGUGGUCUGACCUCACUCCCAAUCGACUCCGCUUGACCCCGACGCACCAGACAGCCUGUCUGGAGAGCAUGUAGAGAUUCCUCUCUUAAAAACCUCAUUCAGUAUGCACUGUUUUAUUCUCUUGCCCUUUAAAUUCAUGUCCAGUGUCAGAUGAAUUUGUAAAAUAAAACUUGUUUGCUCUCAUC